ACUUUAUCCCGGGUUUAAUUGUUUUUUUUGUUGUGUCUUGCAAUCUAAGCAAAGUGUUCUGUUUUUGUGAUUCAUGUCCUGUGAUUGUAUUGCUCCUGGUAUUUAGGGGUUUUGUUUUGCUUUUUUCCAAGGGGGAAGCACAUGCAUUGCUUGAAAUUGUGAUCAUCUUUUAAGGGAAUGAUCUAAUUGUUUGUUUUGACUUAUGGAUAUAUAGUCUGGUCAAUAGUUUGGUAUUGAAGCCUUUUUAUCCCCUGGUUGGUUUAGAUGCACUAUAUUGUAUUCAUCUGUAGGUUCUACGAUAAUGACUUACUUUUUUGACAAGAGAAUUUUAGAAACUGUGGAUGAUGACCAGGUUUUCCAUUUAAAAGAUCACAAUUCGCGGUGUUACGCAUAAAAGGUUCCUGGCUUCUCUACUGUCAGAAGGGGCCUUUUGGAGUUACUACAGUAGAGAGAAGAAACUCGGUGGGUGACUUUUGAAACCUCUUCUUGAUAUAGUGCUGCACAUUUACACUGUGAAGCUACACUCAGAAGAUUAGAGAAGAUAUGGGAAUCUUUUCACGCAGUUCAAUUAGUAGGAAAUCAAAAGAUGGAAUGAAGAUCAUUGCAACAGCAUUUUUCGGAGUAACUUUCGGCUUUCUGGUUGGAAUAUCAUUUCCAUCAUUAUCAAUCACCAAGGUGAGUCUCCCAACAAACUUUCUUCCGUCACGCGAUCUCUCAUAUAUAGAGGAAAAGAGUUCAACAAUUGCAACUCCAGACAGUCAUAAAGCUUGGUCAUCAUCAAAGGGUAACGAUAAUAGCUCAGCCGGUCCAAUUGACAAAUCGAAGAUUUGGGUACCUUCAAAUCCUCGUGGUGCUGAAAUGUUGCCUCCGGGUAUGAUUGCUGCCGAAUCAGACUUCUAUUUGCGAAGAUUAUGGGGGUUACCGCAAGAGGAUUUGACCAAAGAACCAAGAUACCUCGCAACAUUUACUGUGGGUAUUAAUCAGAAAGCAAAUAUCGAUGCUUGUGUCAAGAAGUUUUCAGAGAACUUCACUAUUGUUCUGUUUCAUUAUGACGGCCGGGUAACCGAGUGGGAUGAGUUUGAAUGGUCGAAGACUGCUAUACACAUUAGCGUGCGAAAGCAGACAAAAUGGUGGUAUGCAAAGAGGUUUUUGCACCCUGAUAUUGUAGCAAAGUAUGAUUAUAUAUUCAUCUGGGAUGAAGACCUUGGAGUCGAGCAUUUUAAUGCAGAAGAGUACAUAAAGAUGGUGAAGAAGCAUGGCCUGGAGAUUUCCCAACCUGGCUUGGAACCAAACCAGGGACUAACGUGGCAGAUGACCAAGAGACGAGGAGAUAUGGAAGUCCACAAGAUAACAGAAGAAAGACCUGGAUGGUGCUCAGAUCCUCAUCUCCCUCCAUGUGCUGGAUUCGUCGAGAUCAUGGCUCCUGUAUUUUCAAAAUCCGCCUGGCGAUGCGUGUGGCACAUGAUCCAGAAUGAUUUGGUUCACGGUUGGGGUCUUGACUUUGCACUCAGAAGAUGUGCUGAGCCUGCACAUGAGAAGAUAGGAGUAGUUGAUUCUCAGUGGGUCGUUCAUCAGUCUUUUCCAUCCCUUGGCAACCAAGGUGAGGCGACAGACGGGAAAGCACCAUGGCAAGGGGUGAGGGAUAGAUGCAAAAAGGAAUGGACAAUGUUCCAGAGUAGAAUGGCUGACGCAGAGAAGGAUUAUUAUAAAUCUUUACAAGUAGAAGGCUCCUCCAAUUCAACAGCAACAUCCAUUUAAAUAGGAGAGUUCUUAUAUAGCCAGACGCUGACAGAUUCAGUUCACAUAGUGUCUUGCAUUUACAUAUAGAGUUCUGUAUAUGUUAAUGUAGUAGAUAUUACUCAUCACCACCUUCCAUGGAAUAAACAAAAAAGAUGAAUGUUUUGAUCCA